AUGCCCGCUCCGACCAACACCCUCCUCAUUGAGGGUUCCUUCUCCGAGCUCGCUGAGGAGUUCGCCCAGUACAUCGACACCCUGCGCAAAGAGGGCAGCCUCCAGUCCGAGAUCGCCCCGCUCCUUGAGCCGAUCCGCCAGCAGGAACAAUCCGAGGGCGAGCCCGACCUCAAGCAGCACGAUGAGGUCCUGAAGAAACUUGUGGGGGCUGCGGCCGUCCUGAACGGUGCCCCCGAGAAGGAGAUCAUCCCCUCCUACAACCUGCUCAUCCACCUCAUCCACCAGUCGUCCGACACCGACGUGUUCCUCCCUCGCAUCUGCGCCUAUCUCGCUAAGCCCAUCACCACCUCUCCUCAAUUUGGCCCGACCCUGGCUAUCUCCAUCCUCACCACCAUCUUCAACACCCUGUCCAACGAUGAUUCCAGCCGGUACCACGUUCUGUUGGCCAUCGUGGCCGUGAUCCGUCAGUCUGGGUCUGGGUACGCCUUCGAGGCCCUGAAGCCCAAGCUUACCACACAGCUGCCCACAUGGCUGUCUGCAUGGGAGCUGGAUGAUGAGGAGGCACAGAAGCUGCACCUGGCAAUCGCUGAUGCCUCCACAGCUGCCGGUGAUGACGGCCUUGCCCAGUCGCACGUCAUGCAGGCUCUGCAGCUCAUCCCCGCAGCCGAGGCCAGCAAGCCCGCCGCUCGCGAUCUGGCCGUCCGCGCUCUCGCCUCUGCCCUGCGCCGCCCCGCUGUCUUCGACUUCACCCCUCUGACUGCCUCCGAUGCCGUCCAGUCGCUGCGCUCCAGCGACAGCACUCUCUUCGAGCUGCUCGAGAUCUUCACCUCGGACACCCUCGAUGCCUACGAGGCCUUCGUCUCCGCCAACCCCCUCGCCUCCAUUUCCGGCGGCGUGCUCGCCGAGGCCGCCGAUGCCCUGCAGACAAAGAUGCGUCUCUUGACCCUCACCUCGCUGGCCUCCGGCACCCCCUCCCGCUCUCUCCCCUACGCCACCAUCGCGUCUGCUCUGCGCGUACCCGCUGAGGACAUCGAGGUGUGGGUGAUUGACACGAUCCGUGCUGGCCUGGUCGAGGGCAAGCUCUCUCAGCUCAAGCAGGAGUUCCUUGUUCAUCGCGCCACUUACCGAGUCUUCGGUGAGAAGCAGUGGGCUGAGAUUCAGGGUCGCCUGAUGGUCUGGCGCCGCUCGCUCGAGGGCGUUCUGGAUGUCAUCCGUUCUGAGCGUGAGCGCUUCGCCCGCGAGGGCAUGCAGGCCGCCGUGGACCAGGAGGCCGCUGCGGCUCAAGGUAAGAACGGCGACAAGGCCCGCUUCGGCGACCGGAGGCGCAUCCAGCAGCCCCAGCAGGCUGCGCAACCCCGCGAGGUUGAGGCUGUUGCCGAGUAA